CCUUGUUAUGUCGCCCAGGUCACGGAUAUUAAUUACUACUAUUUAGGUAGUCUUGACCUAGUUCAGCGGGGUUCAUCCCCUCCCUUGCUUACCAUGGUUGCCGUACUGUGGCUGCAAAUCGUGCUCGGUAGGCAUUUCGAGACGUGGAGUAAAGCAAGAAAGCAAAGAUUUUCUGCGCCAAAGAUCGGCAAAUUGUUUAUCUGCCUUGAC